AGCGCCAGGACGCGAACGCGCGCGCGCGGCCCGAGGCGUCGGAGGCGGGGCCUGGCGUCGGCCACGCCCCGCCUCCCGCGCAGGCGCGCUACGGGCGGCGAGCUGUCAGGAACGGGCGGCGGGAGCCGGCGGGCUGAGGCGCCGCGACCCCGGGGUGGGCAGCAUGGGGAACCGCGAGAUGGAGGAGCUGAUCCCGCUGGUGAACCGGCUGCAGGACGCCUUCUCGGCGCUGGGCCAGAGCUGCCUGCUGGAGCUGCCGCAGAUCGCCGUGGUGGGCGGCCAGAGCGCCGGCAAGAGCUCGGUGCUCGAGAACUUCGUGGGCAGGGACUUUCUUCCUCGAGGAUCAGGCAUCGUAACAAGACGACCUCUUGUGCUGCAGCUUGUUACUUCCAAAGCAGAAUACGCUGAGUUUCUGCAUUGCAAAGGAAAAAAGUUUACAGAUUUUGAUGAAGUUCGCCAUGAGAUUGAGGCAGAAACUGAUCGAGUGACUGGGGUGAAUAAAGGCAUCUCCCCCAUUCCCAUCAACUUACGAGUGUACUCCCCACAUGUGUUAAAUCUAACACUCAUCGACCUACCUGGAAUAACUAAAGUGCCCGUGGGAGAUCAGCCACCAGAUAUUGAGUACCAGAUCAGAGAAAUGAUCAUGCAGUUCAUCACCAGGGAGAACUGUCUGGUUCUGGCUGUGACGCCAGCCAACACUGACCUCGCCAACUCAGACGCCCUGAAGCUGGCCAAAGAAGUUGAUCCUCAAGGUCUGAGAACCAUUGGCGUCAUCACCAAGUUGGAUCUCAUGGAUGAAGGAACAGACGCCAGGGAUGUCUUGGAGAACAAGCUGCUGCCUCUUCGUAGGGGUUAUGUGGGGGUGGUAAACAGAAGCCAGAAGGACAUCGACGGGAAGAAGGACAUUAAGGCAGCCAUGCUGGCAGAAAGGAAGUUCUUCCUUUCCCAUCCUGCUUACAGACAUAUCGCUGAUCGGAUGGGGACGCCGCACUUGCAGAAGGUCCUAAAUCAGCAACUUACCAAUCACAUUCGAGAUACCCUGCCAAACUUCAGGAAUAAACUCCAGGGGCAGUUGCUCUCUAUAGAACAUGAAGUAGAGGCCUACAAGAACUUCAAGCCUGAAGACCCCACCAGGAAGACCAAAGCGCUGCUGCAGAUGGUUCAGCAAUUUGCUGUGGACUUUGAGAAGAGAAUUGAAGGGUCGGGGGAUCAAGUCGAUACCCUAGAACUCUCAGGUGGUGCUAAAAUCAAUCGCAUUUUUCAUGAACGCUUUCCUUUUGAGAUAGUAAAGAUGGAGUUCAAUGAGAAAGAAUUACGAAGAGAAAUAAGCUAUGCAAUCAAAAACAUACAUGGUAUCAGGACAGGGUUGUUUACUCCAGACAUGGCAUUUGAAGCAAUAGUCAAAAAGCAGAUUGUAAAACUGAAAGGGCCUUCCUUGAAGAGUGUAGAUCUGGUCAUGCAAGAAUUAAUCAACACUGUGAAAAAGUGCACCAGAAAACUGGCAAACUUCCCCAGACUUUGUGAGGAAACAGAAAGGAUCGUUGCCAACCACAUACGUGAGCGAGAGGGGAAGACGAAGGACCAGGUACUGCUACUGAUUGACAUUCAAGUUUCCUACAUCAACACCAACCAUGAAGACUUCAUAGGCUUUGCAAACGCUCAGCAGAGGAGCAGUCAGGUUCACAAGAAAGCCACCAUUGGAAAUCAGGGAACCAAUCUUCCGCCUUCAAGGCAAAUUGUGAUUCGCAAGGGGUGGCUCACCAUCAGCAACAUCGGCAUCAUGAAAGGAGGCUCCAAGGGGUACUGGUUCGUUCUGACGGCAGAAAGCUUGUCCUGGUACAAAGACGAUGAGGAAAAAGAAAAGAAGUACAUGCUUCCCUUGGAUAACCUGAAAGUUCGGGAUGUGGAAAAGAGCUUUAUGUCUAGCAAACACAUCUUUGCCCUCUUUAACACAGAGCAAAGGAAUGUAUACAAAGACUACCGCUUCCUUGAACUGGCAUGUGACUCACAGGAGGAUGUGGACAGCUGGAAGGCGUCGCUGCUGAGAGCUGGGGUCUAUCCUGAUAAAUCUCUAGCUGAAAAUGAUGAAAAUGGCCAAGCAGAAAAUUUUUCUAUGGACCCACAAUUGGAGAGGCAGGUGGAAACCAUCCGCAACCUCGUGGACUCCUACAUGUCGAUUAUCAACAAAUGCAUCCGAGACCUUAUUCCAAAAACGAUAAUGCACCUUAUGAUCAACAGCGUUAAAGAUUUCAUCAACUCGGAGCUGCUAGCACAGUUAUAUUCUUCGGAGGACCAAAAUACCCUGAUGGAAGAAUCUGCAGAGCAGGCUCAGCGCCGAGACGAGAUGCUCCGAAUGUACCAAGCGCUCAAAGAGGCCCUUGUGAUCAUCGGGGACAUCAACACGGCCACGGUGUCCACCCCUGCCCCCCCUCCAGUGGACGACUCCUGGCUACAGCAUUCCCGCAGGUCUCCUCCUCCGAGUCCCACAAACCAAAGGAGGCCGACCCUCAGUGCACCCCUCACGAGACCCGCCUCCGGCCGCGGACCGGCGCCCGCCAUUCCUUCUCCAGGUCCACACUCUGGGGCACCCCCAGUCCCAUUCCGUCCGGGGCCGUUACCCCCUUUCCCCAACAGCAGCGACUCCUUCGGGGCUCCUCCGCAAGUCCCCUCGCGGCCCACGCGGGCCCCACCCAGUGUCCCAAGCCGGAGACCACCCCCAUCACCAACUCGUCCCACUAUAAUCCGUCCACUAGAAUCUUCCCUGUUAGACUAAAUGAAGUGUCUGGCAUGGCAAUUAAACCACUAAUUAUGUGCAAGCAACCUACCUGAUAACCGUUGCAGUAAACCCUGAGUAGUCGCAUGUUGGACAUCAGUAGGCAGGUAACCAGCCUCUUCACCAAUGCAUUCAUUACUCAUCGCCGUGGCUCCUAGGCUCAGAUCUUUGGGGUUUGAGCUCUUGAAAACUGGUGACCUUUCCAGGCUUUCCAAGUUGCAUUAACCAAGGUAGGUUUGUAGAGCAGCCCUGCACUUCUGAUGCCAUUUGCCUACUCUGGCAUUUGAAACUGCUUUGGACCAGUCUCCCAGGUUAGUUACCUGGUAGUUCAUUAAAUAAAACUGAACAGGUGUAGAAUGGCGAUCUUAAGACCUAAGCGACAUGCACACAUUUCUUUUCCCACAUUGUAAUGAGGAUGGCAGGAUUCUGCGUUUGAAUGUAAUGUCGCCACCUACGAAAUUAUUACCUACGUAGCUCCUCUGACCCCUUAGUUCAGAAAACUUCUAGGAAGUGAAGUGAU